AUGAAUAGAGGAGGAGUUGAAUUUCUUUCCCCAAAUACUAUUUCUUGCAUCAUAGUUUUAAAAGAGUAUUCCAGAAAUGCAAACGAGCUUGAUCCAUCUAAUCCGUUUGCUAAUUUCUUGAUCAAUAAAAUUAUGAAAUUGAAUGAGGAAGAUGAGGCUUUAAGCAGUUCGUAGUUUUUUAAAAAGAUGAUUAAAGAAACACAAAAUUUUGAUAUUAGUGAUAGAUAUAGAGUACAGAUAGAAAGAAUUCAGUCUCUGCAUGAUUUAUACAGUUAUUUAGAAAAUACUUUGAAGGAACUAAGAUAAAUGAGAAUAAUUAGAAUUGAAUAGGGAAAUAUUAUUGAUAUUUUUUUGAGAAGAUCUUUAUUGAAUUUACGUAGAUGUGGAUUUAGUGAAAUGGUUAAGUUAUGGCAAAAUUUCUUGGACUAUAAAAACGAUGAAUAUAAACUAAAAAAGAAUGGUUAAAAUGUAUACCUGAUAGAUAAAAAAUUGGAAGAUUUGCAAUUGAAAAUUUUAAAUUUCGAUAACUGUUACGGAUACAAUGAGAUACAUAAGUAAAUAGAGAGCUUAGAAAAUGGAAAAAUUAAUGAUAAAAUAAGCUAUUUGAAAGCAUAAAAUGAAGCAAAAAAUCAACACCCUUUAGCAGCUUUAGAUAACAUACACAGAUAUUUUGAUAAAUAGCUUGAAAUGCUCUUCUUUUCUGAUAAAUAGGGUGAAUAAUAGGUAGCUUACAAUCAGAGUAAAGUUAAUCAUUGCAUUUUGAAUCUGGCUUAUCUAAAUUUGUAAAUGGGUUUUGUGGAUGAGUGCUUGAAGAGUCUCAGUGAAGCUAUGCGUAUCUCUUAAAAUAAUCAGGAUGAUGAAAGCAUAAAUCAUUGCAUAAUGUACUUAUAUGAGAUUUCUAGUUUACUUUCUCAUCAUUAAGACACGAUUCAGCUUACUUAGCACGCUAUUUGUCAUUCAGUUAAUAUCUAAACAAAUCCUCUAUUGAUGCUUUAUUCCUGUCUCUCAUAUGCUAAAUUUUCUAAGCACUAUGACUUAAACAAUAAAACUAAUGAUCUCCUAAAGUAGAAUAACAUUAAGUGGAUAGACUUAUUCCAUUUUUCAAUACGAAAAAUCAUACAAAACUAUGAAAAUUAUUUACUUCCAGGCAGGAAAUAAUCUAAGUAUGUCCUUUUACAGAUUCCUAGAUCUCUAGAAUUCAUGAUAAAGUCAUAAAUAUUUGAUUCAUAAAACUAGCCUGCACUUGUAGAUUUGCUGAUAAAUAACGUUUACGAAACUACUCCUCAAGUAUUAGUUGCAAAUAAAAACUUACAAAUUCUUUUCGAUAUUGCUAUUAGAUAAGUUGAUUGGGAUUUAGAUAAGAGUGUAACCCUUUUUUAGAAGCUCUAUGAGAUGAUGAAUAAUAUGCUCAAACCAUUAUAUUAAUUUUAUUUAUACUAUUCUAAUGCAAAAAUGUUUUUAAAUAGAAUGGAAAUAGCAUCUAGCAGAUUCAUGCUUGAAUUGAUGAUAGAUACAUAUUAAAAUAAUCUUAUUGAUCCACUUUUAAACUCUAAAAUCCAAUAAAUUCACAUUGAAAUUUUGAUCAAAGAGAAUAAACACUCAGAAGCAUACCAAGCUAUCCUGUAAAAUAUAAAAUACAACUAGCAAAGUGGUUUUCAUAAAGAGCUUUUAACCUAGUCGUAUAUUUAUUUAAUAAUGCUAAAAUACUAGACAAGAGAUUUCUUUUCAGCACUCACCCUUAUCCAAUAAGUUCUUAAAAAAGCUAAAUUGUAUGGUCUCCAUGAACAGUAUUCAGUUGCUAAAUUAUAUAAAGUGCUGAUACUAAUUCACACAGGAUACAUAAGUUCUACUCUUAAGAUAAUAAAAAAUAUUGAAGAAAAAUGGUUAAUGAACUUUAGUUAGAAGACAUAAGCUUUCUUCUAUUAUGUUAAAUCUAUUUUAUUGUUAAAGAUAUCGACAGCUUCAGAUUCUAUAAACAAAUAAGUAUUUGAUGAAAUAAGAAAAAAUGCAUUAUAAUGUCUAAAUAAAUCUCUAGAAUUCUACUUGAACCUAAAUUGUUUAUUAGAAAUAAGAGAAAUAUACUACUUAUAAGCUCGUAUUUAUGAUGAGUUACCUUAGUCUAGCCACAGAGAAAGUACUGCCUUUUACUUCGUAUAGUGUGAUGAAAUGAUAAGUUAAAACUAGACUAAUUCGUAUAUUUCUACAUAUCAUAUCUAAGAUCUCUCAUUAUAUUAAAUUUAACUUGCUCUCAGCUAGGUUUUUAAAAAAACUUUUAAAAUAGUAAACUUACCAUCUAUUAUAGGAACAUACUCAACAAAUACAAAUUCUUAAAAUCAAUGA